CUGUGAAGUACCAUCUCGAAAAGGCACGAGUAGAAAAAGUCACAUAACAAAAGCCCUCAUCGUUUCAGUCCAAUCAAUCUCUUCUAAGAAUUGAUUUAGCGUCCGGUAUCGAUUCCUCCUACCGCCAUAUUGCCGCAAUCGUUAGUAACCAUAGCAACGGUUACGUCAGCAUGAGAGUCUCAUGUCGGAAUCUAAAACUCAUCACCUUGCAAGGGAAAGGGGCGAAGUGUAGAUAAAAAAAACCGAAGAAAAAUUUAAAUAAAUAAACAUCCCAAUGCAUUUACACCGGAGAAGUCUCAUCUCAUGAUGAACAGCGUUUUAGUAAUGGGAACUCAUCCAGGUAUGGCCCGAUUGGCGGUUUUAAUUCUAGUGAUGUCAGAGAUGAAGUUUUGCAUGAUGGAGAAGAUGAAAACGAAGAAGCAGCUGCACAUAGCCGCCGUUUUUCCUAUGAAAGGUACAGGUGGUUGGUUAGGGGGACAAGGAUGCCUACCUGCGGCUAUGAUGGCACUCAAUUAUGUUAACAAGAAGGAAGAUUUGUUACCGGGUUACGAGUUGAAGAUGCAUUGGAACGAUAGCCAAUGUAACCCCGGUAAAGCCGCUAGUGUGAUGUAUGAUCUGUUAUACAACUCGCCGCAGAAGUUAAUAUUCCUCGGUGGUUGUAGCAUUGUCUGCUCGACUGUUGCAGAAGCCGCUAAGAUGUGGAAUCUCAUAGUGGUGUCAUACGGGUCCAGUUCUCCGGCUUUAUCGAAUAGAGAACGUUUUCCGACAUUUUUUCGAACUCAUCCCUCAGCGACUAUACAUAAUCCCACUCGUGUUAAAUUAUUUCAGAAGUUUGGAUGGACUAGAAUAGCCAUCAUACAAGAAGCUGAAGAAGUUUUUAUAUCGACCGGAGAUGAUCUUGAAGUGCGUUGCAAAGAAGCUAAGAUUGAAAUUCUUACCAAACAAAGUUUCCUCACUGAUCCCACAGAUGCUGUUAAAAAUCUUGCAAAGUCUCAUCUCAUGAUGAACAGCGUUUUAGUAAUGGGAACUCAUCCAGGUAUGGCCCGAUUGGCGGUUUUAAUUCUAGUGAUGUCAGAGAUGAAGUUUUGCAUGAUGGAGAAGAUGAAAACGAAGAAGCAGCUGCACAUAGCCGCCGUUUUUCCUAUGAAAGGUACAGGUGGUUGGUUAGGGGGACAAGGAUGCCUACCUGCGGCUAUGAUGGCACUCAAUUAUGUUAACAAGAAGGAAGAUUUGUUACCGGGUUACGAGUUGAAGAUGCAUUGGAACGAUAGCCAAAGUUCUCAAGAUUUUCUAAAACAAUAUGAAGAGGAACUGAAAAGAUCUGGUUAUACUGAUCGUAAACCAGAAGGCCACCAAGAAGCGCCUUUGGCCUAUGAUGCCAUAUGGGCAAUUUCCUUGGCACUGAAUAAGACCAUCAAUCAGUUAAAGAAUACAGGAGUUUCUUUAGAAGAUUUUAAUUAUACAAACAAGGAUAUAGCCAAUGUUAUAUACUCUGCCAUGAACUCCACUCAGUUUUUGGGUGUUUCAGGCUAUGUAGCAUUUUCUUCAAAGGGUGAUAGAAUUGCUUGGACUCAAAUUGAACAAAUGAUAAAUGGACAGUAUAAUUUAUUGGGAUUUUAUGAUACUCAAACUGAUAAUCUUACAUGGUUUAAAGCAGAAAAAUGGCAAGAUAACAAACCUCCUCCAGACCGUACAAUAAUUGUAAAGGCUUAUAGAAAAAUUGAUCUAAAUUUGUUUCUAGCUAUGUGUUGCAUUUCCUUCCUUGGUAUUAUUAUAGCUAUAGGACUUUUAGUAUUUAAUUGGGUCUUUAGAAAUUCAAGAUAUAUCCAGUUAUCUCAUCCCAUGUGUAAUAACAUCAUGUUGGUAGGGACAAUCCUUUGUCUACUCUGUGUAUGUUUAUUGGGAUUAGACAAUCAAUUUGUUAGUGAAAAACGAUAUCAUUAUUUGUGUCAGGCAAGAGCUUGGCUUUUAACAAUUGGAUUCACUCUUUCAUAUGGUGCUAUGUUUUCCAAAAUUUGGAGAGUUCAUCGUCUUACCACUCGAUCAAAACAAGAAAGCAAACCUUCCUUGAAAGUCGAAAGUUGGAAAUUGUAUGCCUUGGUCGGUGCUUUGCUUCUAAUUGAUUUCAUUAUACUAGUGACUUGGCAAACAAUCGAUCCAUUAGACAGAAAAAUAGAAAAAUUUAAUGAAGAAGAUCCUGAAGAUGGGGAAGAAGACAUCAAAAUACUACCUCUAUUAGAACAUUGCCAAUCAAAAAAUAAUGCUGUAUGGUUAGGUUUAAUGUAUGGUUAUAAAGGACUAUUGCUCAUUUUUGGAAUAUUUUUGGCUUAUGAAACUCGAAGUAUAAAGAUUAAACAAUUGAAUGACUCGAGAUUAGUAGGAAUGAGUAUUUAUAAUGUGGUGGUUCUCUGUCUGAUCACAGCUCCUGUUACAUUGGUCAUUAGUAGCCAACAAAAUGCUACAUUUGCUUUUGUUGCACUUGCAAUUAUAUUUUGCUGUUUUCUGUCAAUGGCAUUAAUAUUUUCCACUAAGAUUGUCGAAUUGUUAAGAAGACCGAGAGAACGUGCCGAUGCAAGAAGUUUAAAUGAUACAAUAAAUAGCAGAGAAGAAGAAGAAAGACACCAACGUCUCAUAAAAGAAAAUAAUGAUUUGAAGAAGCAAAUAAGUGAAAAAGAAGAGCAAAUUAAACUUAUGACCGAAAAACUACAAGAAAAGAAGGCACUUAGAGCUGCUCAAGUAUUACCUUCAGGUGGAGAAAGAGUAAGAAUAUCAUUACCUGCACAAUAUGCAGAUGGACUAAUGCCCAAAGAAGAAAUUAUUAUUGAUCCAGUAUCCGAUUCUGGAUACGUAACUGGAACUUCUUGCUCCAUGGCUCGUAGUUCCAGAGCUUCAGAUUUUGAAAUUCUACUUUGGACUUCCAAAUUUCGUGCCGAUCCUGAAUCGACAUCAAANACUCAACCUCCAAAACUCAAAAUAACUGAAACAAAAUGGAAAAUAAAUAGUGUAACCAUAUCUACCAUAUUAAAAUUAAUAAUUAUAAUUCAACAGGUUCUCUGUCUGAUCACAGCUCCUGUUACAUUGGUCAUUAGUAGCCAACAAAAUGCUACAUUUGCUUUUGUUGCACUUGCAAUUAUAUUUUGCUGUUUUCUGUCAAUGGCAUUAAUAUUUUCCACUAAGAUUGUCGAAUUGUUAAGAAGACCGAGAGAACGUGCCGAUGCAAGAAGUUUAAAUGAUACAAUAAAUAGCAGAGAAGAAGAAGAAAGACACCAACGUCUCAUAAAAGAAAAUAAUGAUUUGAAGAAGCAAAUAAGUGAAAAAGAAGAGCAAAUUAAACUUAUGACCGAAAAACUACAAGAAAAGAAGGCACUUAGAGCUGCUCAAGUAUUACCUUCAGGUGGAGAAAGAGUAAGAAUAUCAUUACCUGCACAAUAUGCAGAUGGACUAAUGCCCAAAGAAGAAAUUAUUAUUGAUCCAGUAUCCGAUUCUGGAUACGUAACUGGAACUUCUUGCUCCAUGGCUCGUAGUUCCAGAGCUUCAGAUUUUGAGUUUUCGGAAUCAUAUCUUUAGCUGCAUAAAUGUAAAAACAAAAACAAAAACAAAAAAAAACAAAAAAAAAAUGAGAAAUUGCUUAAGAACAAAUAUGUUUGCUUUCUUUUUUUCUUUUAUAUAAUACUAAUUGUCAUUUUCUAAUUAAUAUGUAUAAAUAUCUACACUUUUGUUUUGAAAUAUUUCAGAAUUCUACUUUGGACUUCCAAAUUUCGUGCCGAUCCUGAAUCGACAUCAAAAUUACUAAGUUAUAAGAGAAAAAUAAAUGGUUAUCAAGCUAUAUUCAUCCUAUAAAUAUGUUGUUAUAUGUAAGUUAUAAAAUUUUAUUUCUUAUACUAUAUUAAAACUGCUGAGUAUGUAGUUUAUAAUUAUGUUAUUGAUGUACUGUAUAUAAUUAUAUAUAUAUAUAAAUAUAUAAUCUUAAUAAGAAACAGUUACAUGUGAACAAUAUAAAUAAGGAAACAUAUUUUUCUUGGUAGUUUUUCUGACAAAAAAAAUGAAACAAAGUAAAGUGAUAUAUUCUAAACAUAAGAAAAGAAUUUUAAUUUUUUUAUAAAAGAAAUAAAAUUUAAACAAAGAUAUGAUUUUAUUUUCCAAAUUAUAAAAGAAAAGAAUAAAGAUUAAGUGACUUUCUGUGAAAUUUUAAAGAGCAAGACAGGAAAGAAACCAUUUGUAAAAAUAUUUUAAGAAAUUUUACUUCAUUUUUUUAUACCGUUGUUCCCAUUUUAAC